AUGCCUCUAUUAAAAAGAGAAGACGAAGGUAGGCUGUGCUGGUUCCUGCUGCAUCAAGCGCAGCAGCAGCAGCAGCCCCCGUACUUUCUUGACGGGUCGCUGUCUGGAGAUGUGCCGCUUAAAGCUAUUCAUGAAGAAGUUAAUGCACCCUCCUUUGCACUUGUUUCACAGGUUAAUCCGCAUAUAUUUCCCUUCUCAGGGAUUCGGGCCCAUGGAGAGGCAGGAAAGCCUGUGAGCUGGAGAGGAGCCGGAGGGAAGUGGCGAGGCGGCUUCAUCUUAUCAGGGUUGGAGGUCUUCCUUAAAGAGCAUCUCCGGUUUUUGUUGCGGCUGAUUGCUUUGCUCAACGUCAGCCCAACUCUCCGCGGAAUCAACGCCCGCGCUCUCGCCCUACAGCCGUACACUGGAGAUAUAACAGUUUACCCUCGGAGGCUGCACUGGAGGCAUCUCCGCCUUAUGAACGACCAAACCCUAGAUGAUGUUACCUGGUAUGUACAAGAAGGGAGACUCAUGACUUUCCCGAAGCUUCAUCUCAUCAGCAACAGGAUUCGUAUUGAGAAGGCUAUAGACGCUGUUGUUGCUGCAGUAAACGCAGCAGACACCCAAGGCGUUGCUGCCUAG